AGGAAAGAACAGGAGUCAGGAAUGGCUCUUUCUCAGGGACUAUUGACAUUCAGGGAUGUGGCCAUAGAAUUCUCUCAGGAGGAGUGGGAAUGCCUGGACCCUGCUCAGAGGGCCUUGUACAGGGACGUGAUGUUGGAGACCUACAGGAACCUGCUCUCCCUGGGUGAGGAUAACACCCCUCCAGAAGUUGGGAUCUGCCCUAAUACCUCCAUUAGUUUUCUGACCAAGGAAUUAUUAAAGAAGAAAAACAUUAAUACCAGAGAAUUAUACCAACCAGUGGUCUUGGGAAGACAUGGAAGCCAUGGUACUGAGGAUUUUGACUUCAGCAAAGUCAGGGGAACUGUGUAUGAAUUUGAGAAUAAGUGUGGACGUGAAGAAAGAAAUUCCAAAGGAGAGCUUACGACAGAUAACAUAAAUCACACUGGUAGAAAAGAUAAACAAUACAGCAAAUCCUGGAUUAACUUACCUUUAAAACAAAUUUAUGCAGGAAACAAGUAUCCAGAACAUUUUGACAGUAGAACUGGAUUAAGCUUUCAAUCACAUCUGGCUGAAUUGCAGAGAUUUCAAACUGAAGAGAAAAUUUAUGAAUGUAAUCAAGUUGAGAAGUCUGUCAAAACUUGUUCCUCAAUUUCAUCACUUCAAAGAUUUCCUCCUAGUGUCAAAACCAACAUUUGUAACACAUAUGGAAAGGUUUCUUCCUUCAUUCCUGUGUAUCCUUCAUUGCUUACACAGCAACAGAAAACAAAUAUUAGAGAAAAAUUAUAUGAAUGUAGUGAAUGUGGAAAGACUUUUAUCCAUCAUUCAGUCCUUACUAGUCAUCAGAGAAUUCAUUCUGAGCAGAGACCUUACAAAUGUAAUGAGUGUAGUAAAGCCUUUAAACAGUUCUCAAACCUCACAAGACAUCAGAGAAUCCACACUGGAGAGAAACCAUAUAAAUGUAAUAUAUGUGACAAGGUCUUUAAUCAGAAUUCCCACCUUACAAAUCAUUGGAGAAUUCAUACUGGAGAGAAACCACACAAGUGUAAUGAAUGUGGUAAGGCUUUUAUCAAAUGUUCAGACCUUUGGCGUCAUGAGAGAAUUCAUACUGGAGAGAAACCUUACAAAUGUAAUGAAUGUGGUAAGGGUUUUACCAAACGUUCAUAUCUUUGGGAUCAUCAGAGGAUUCAUACUGGAGAGAAGCCGUACAAAUGUAUUGAAUGUGGCAAGGUUUUUAGGCAGUGGUCUACCCUCAGGAUUCACCGAAGAAUUCAUACUGGUGAGAAGCCUUAUAAAUGUAAUGAAUGUGGCAAAGCUUUUAAGCAUCAAAACUCAAACCUAACAAUUCAUCAGAGAAUUCAUACUGGAGAGAAACCUUACAAAUGUAAUGAAUGUGGCAAAGCCUUUAAGCAGUACUCAAGCCUCACCAGACAUCAGAAUAUACAUCCUGGAGAGAAGCCAUACAAAUGUAAUAUGUGUGGUAAGGCUUUUAUCAAACGUUCACACCUUUGGGGUCAUGAGAAAAUGCAUACUGGAGAGAAGUCAUACAAAUGUACUGAAUGUGGCAAGGCCUUUAGACAAUGGUCUGACCUUAGGAUUCACCAAAGAAUUCAUACUGGAGAGAAACCCUUAGAAAUAUAAUGAAUGGUGUAAAUCAUUUAACCAUUUUAAACAAUGGACUAUAAUCAGAUAACUUAUACUAGGGAGACUAAGUCUCUAGUCCUAGAUUAAUCAAUUUCAGAUGUUAAGUUCUUCACAGUUAUUAAAAGUCAAAAUCAUUUCAAAUUUAUGAAAUGAUGGGUAUUGGUAAAGCAAGGAGAUCUUUGGAAAUGUACCACUUCCCUCUUUUUAAAAAUACUUUUAUUAUAUGAAGUUUCUUGAAAAGGCUGUAUUACUAUUGAUGUUUUUCAACCUGAAGUUGAAAAUUUAUUGAUGUUAUGCCUUCAUCACAUGCUUUUUAUGUGUUACUAUGAUGGGCUCUGCUAAGGGAUCAUUAAGAUAAAAGGGCCUACUUGUAUUAGGUGGGGAUCAUUCAUAUUCAUGUUUUCUGAAGGAACAGGACACUGAAUUUUAACAAACAGCACUGUGUUUUUGAAUGAGUAAAACAAUGAUGUAAAUCAUAAUAAUUUCAGAUCCUCUCCUACAGAUUUGUUGGUACAACAGAGGACCCACUGGAUUAUCAGAAACCAACGCUCUGCCAGUUGAGGCUGAAACA